AUGGCUGACCAACAGACCCUCCGCAUUGGCUACGUGCCAGAGCAUUACUUGACCCCUCUUCACCUGGCCUUGCGAUCCACCGCAGCAACAGGCAACCUCCCAUUCAAAAUCAGCCUGACGCCGUUCCCCUCCGGCACCGGUCACAUGAUCACAUCCCUGCGCAGCAACGAGAUCGACAUCGCAAUCGGCUUAACCGAAGGCUGGGUCGCCGGUCUAGCGGGCAAGCAGCAAGUCGCGAAUGGCGGAGACGGAGGCUACCGCAUCGUCGGCCACUGGGUCGACAACCCGCUGCGCUGGGCGAUCGUCACCGGCCGCGAGCGCCACGAGAUCAAUGGCGUCGCCGACCUGAAAGAUCAGCGCGUCGGCAUAAGUCGGCCGGGAAGCGGGUCCCAUAUUAUGUCCUACGUUCUCGCUCAGCAGCAGGGGUGGAAGCCGGACUCCCUCACUUCCGUACCCCUUGGCCCCUUCGGUGCCCUGAGGAAUGGGGUCACGGGCCUAGACGAGACGAAGCCGGGUCAGGCGCCUAGUCCGACAGCGGAGUUCUUUAUGUGGGAGGAGUUUACCACGAAGCCGUACUUCCAUGUUACUGCGGAAAAGCCAAGUCCGCCGCUGAAGAAGAUCGGGGAGAUUUAUACCCCGUGGCCGUCGUGGAUGAUUGUUGCGUCGACGGCCGUGUUCCCGUUCCCAGGGUCUGAGAAUGAUGCUCGGCUCGAGGCCCUUUUCAAGGCACUUGAUCAGGGUAUUCAGGAAUUCGAGGCCGAUACCGCUAAGGCUGUCAAGCUCCUGGGAACGGGCGAGCUCGGCUGCACUUAUAACCAAGAAGAUGCUACUGACUGGCUGAAGGAUGUCAAGUUUACCAGCAAAACUCGUGGCGUAGACAGUGGAGUUAUUACUGGUGUUGUGGAUGUCCUCAAGGUCGCCGGUGUCAUUGAUCCGGCGUUGAGCAACGACGAGGCCAUCCAACGAGUGAUUGGAAUCCACCGGUAA